UUCAGUGAGUGUACCUUCCCCGGCUAGUAGCCAUUUUCCCAACUCAGAGUGUUUCCCUCCUUGUUUUUUUUUUCAAUUUCAAGACCAUGACUGAAAAUCCGUUGCUGUCGUUUUUUCCUGCCAUCAUCAACGGCAAAACUCACAGUGAACUGCUGCAGGAAAUUCGUGAGUUCAAUACAAACUAUGGCCACGAGUUAGAGGGCAAUAACUACUCCUGGCUCAUGCCAAAAGAGAACUUCGAUGCACUCAAAAACUUCCAAGUCCGGGACGACGACAUCUUCGUGAUAACAUUCCCCAAAUCAGGAACACAUUGGCUUGGGGAGAUAAUCGACUACGUCAUGAACGAUGGCCGGGACGAUUUUGACCGUACCAACAUGUCCGCUGUGCUCGAGACUACCAUGGAACCCGACCCAUCGAAAGUUGCCAGUGGCACUCCAGGCUACAAGAUUCUGGAAACUAUGAAACCACCCCGGAUAAUGGCUACUCACUGCUUACCCAACCUGUUACCUCCGCAAGUCUGGGAGAAAAAACCUAAGGUGAUUUACUUGGCUCGGAACCCCAAAGACUUACUGGUUUCCUACUUCACCUUUAUCAAACCAUUUGUAACGCCUUCGCUUCAGACGUGGGAGAGAUUUCUGUUUAUGCUUGUUACAGGACAAAUGAUUGGUGGGUCCUGGUUUGAUCACGUACUGAGAUACUGGGAACAACGGGAUGAAAAGAAUAUAUUGUUCGUCAAAUAUGAAGAUCUUCACAAGGACCUGAAGGGAAACGUUCGCAAAAUUGCCUCUCACUUGGGUAAAACAUUUUCUGAUGACGUCAUCGAUAGCAUAGCGGAGCGAGUUACGUUUGGCGGAAUGCAGAAAACCUACAAAAAUCUCGAAGAUGUCCAUGGUGAGAAGGGAAAACAGUUGACCCACAUGUUUGGCAUGGCACCAUAUUUGAGGAAAGGUAAAGUUGGGAGUUGGAAGGAAGUCUUCACUCUCGAGCAGAGUGCCCUCUUUGACAUGAUUUACGCAGAAAAGAUGAAGGGAUCUGGCCUCGACUUCGAAUUUGAGCUAUGAUUUCUAUAUUCGAAAUUGCAUAAUUCCAGGCCUACGCUCUGCCGACCCACCAAGUGUUAAUGUUUUUACGCCUUUUCAACGUUUCUCCGGUAACACUUUAUGAAAUCGUUGUGGUAAAGGUAAACACGUUAUGGUGUAUCGAGGAAGUUAUAAAUUUAGACAAAAGACAUGUUUGAGUGUUAAAAAAAGGAAACAUAAAGACGUGUAUCGGGUGGUUACCUUCACCGUACACGUUUGUAAUUAACGCAAAGACGCGUUCAAAAUGGGCGUUGGUUUUUACUGUAAUGCAAAAUUUAUUCUUAAAGGACUUUUCGCCUUCAUUAAUCUUGAUAAAUUUAACGAAGUUUGUGGGCUUACACUUGAUUUUUAAAAGGCCUUGCAGAGGCUUUUUUUCGAAACAUGCAUCCAUUGUAAAUUUGUAGCAUUGUUGCACUUUAUAACCUCCGCCAUUUAGGCGCAUUUGAAAUGAUUAUCUUAGUACGACAAGUUAACCUUAAUUAACUUUAUACUAGAUGUCAAACAGAGAAGACAUUUUUGUGAAAAGAUUACACCUCAAAAAGAAGCACACCGCACAACACUGCUAUACAGGUCCAGUAAAACAAGCUUUGUUUUUAGUCGAAAGUCACGUACACCAGCAUUUGGAAUGAAAAUGAUUCUUAAUGUGUAAGCGACUAAAUAAAAUAUGAAGUAGCCUUUGAUCAAGGCACCCGCGGCGAAA